AUGCGAACUAUAUUUCUGUUGCAGUUGUUCCGCCAUGGAGAUCGAUCACCCGAACACACCUAUCCGAAUGACCCCUAUCAAGAAGACACGUGGCCACAGAGGUGGGGAGAACUCACACAGGAAGGCAUGAGACGGGAGUAUGAGCUGGGCCAGUAUUUACGACAUCGCUACGUCGACGGCGGUUUUAUACACGGAAACUACACUGCAGAUGAGAUUCACGUUCUUGCAAGUUAUAAGGACCGCGCUAUAAUGAGCGCCUACUGCAUGCUGGCUGGCCUGUUUCCCCCGACAGGUGAUCAGAUUUGGAACCCCGCUAUACCAUGGCAACCCAUUCCUGUACACACACUGCCGAAAGAGGAUGAUUUUGAUCUGAUCGACCUCCUCGGAAAGCAUUCGGGAUAUCCUCCUACCUUUGAAAGUUUGGUCGACAUGUUUGACCCCAUAUUUGUUGAGAACGACAACAACAUGACGUUUCCCCUGUGGCUCCGACAAAAUGACGUGUACAAGAGGUUCCGGGCACUCAAGAACAUGGUGGCUCAGCUCAAGUUCCACACUAAAGCAAUGGCCAGGAUACGAGGAGGUAGACUCAAGCAAACAAGUUUCACAAACUUGAUUAUCUGA